AUUACUUUGAAUUAAUAUUCACCUCUGAACAUUCAUCAAAGAAAUCAUGAAACAACAUCUUAUUUUUCUCGUCGCUUUAUUGACUACACUUUCAAUGGUCAAUGCUAUUCCAUACUAUCAACUCGAUAAAAGAGCUACUACGUUCGGUCCAUGUUUUACGGGAUCUCCAUUUCCAAUUACUGUAUCGCUACAACCUGAUCCUCCUGUUCCUGGACAAAAUUGUAUUUUUACCGUUACUGGAACUGUAGAUAGUGGUAUUAACCCGGGCGCCAAAAUGGUUGUCCAAGGGCUUGAUACUACUGGCAAUCAAAUAGGCGAUCCCAUUGUUAACGACAUUUGUACUGUACCUGGAAUAACGUGUCCCGUCACAUCUUUCAGUAUAGUUGAAACAGUUGCAAUAUCUGCUAGUUUAUCUGGAACAUACUCUAUUGUAGUUUCGAUUUUAAGUGAAACGGGUGCUGUUUUGGGCUGUUCCAUGGGUACUGUUACUGGUUAAUUGUUAAAGUUUAUUUCGAAUAAUUUCUUUUUAUUUACUAUUUAUAUUAAAUUCUAAAGAAAAUUUUUCUUGCUAUUUAUUUUUAUUUUAUACUGAAAUGAAAUUUAUUUACUUAUUUAUUCUUGUUAACUUUCUUUUAAUCGUUAACUCACAUAUGAUGUAAUAAAUAAAAU